AUGACUUUCUUCAUCGAAGACACUAGUCUCAUCGUCAGCCACGUUCUAUACAAAACGGCGGUUAUCAUCGCCGUUUUGAGAUGGAUUUUCGCUUGGAUCCUCCGUUACCGAUCUAGAUCAACCGUUUCCGGAUCCGGAUCCGCCUCCUCUGGUCCUCUGAUUUCAUCCCAAACCAUCAAAGAAAGCCUCGCCGUGACGGCGUUUCGUGACGUGGUGGAGAGAUCUCCGCCGUCGAUGAUCAGCGAGACUUGCGCGGUGUGUCUAGGAACUUUCGAAGACGAUGACGAAAUCAGAGAGCUUAGGAAUUGCAGCCACGUGUUCCAUCGUGAUUGUAUUGACCGGUGGCUUGACUACGAAUGCCGCGGCGAUGAGGAUAACCACCGUAACUGCCCGCUUUGUAGAACGCCGUUGCUUCCUGCUAAUACGACGUCCUCCUCCGAUUGGCCGGCCAUUAACCAACCUAGCUGGGCCGUGGAGCGUCUGCUUUAUCUCUUCGGCGACGAUCUGCUUCCCUGA